UUUUCAGGACGUGCGGCGUGGGCGCGCAUGCGCCUGCAGAACCUGCGAAAUCCAGCAGCGUAUGCGACUGAAUUCAGUUGCUUUCUCUCAAUUUUGGGAAGAGAUAAUCGGUUGUCUCUACAUCGACCUCCUGUGGUUGUAGUGAGCAGUAACUUGCGUGGUAGGCUUGUGGCUCCAAAGGACUGCCUCUCUCCCUGGCUCCGGCAUGGAGAGGGACGGGGUUGCCGUAGGCAACCUGAUUGACUUUGACGCACCACCCGCUGAGGAGACGCCCCCCACCGCCCCCCACGGCGGACCUGGCUAUGCCGCCGACCUUCUGGCUAUGCAGUGCGGACCCCUCGAACCCACAUCAUUCGGUUUGUCUGGGGCCCAGAUGGGCAGCACACCUACUGGGGCUGGAUCCAGUGACGGGGAGGAAGGCAACGGCAGCGAGGCCACAGAGUCCGCGGACAGCGAGAACGAGGGGGGGGAGUCGCCCACCUACACCCGGAGCUUCUCGCGGCGCUCAUCCUCAUCGUCCAAUCACAGUGCGGAGGAGGCGGGGUCUGAGGCAGCCGAGUGCAGGGAGUUUAUGAAGAACUAUGUGGAGAAGGUGUUCCACAGCAGGGAGGACUUUGACCCGGAGGAGAAGGCACGUUUUGGGGAGCUGUGCAGCGGCGAAAACAGCAAGGGCAGGGAGUGGUUUGCCAAGUAUGUCAGUGCACAGCGUUGCAAUUCCAAGUGUGUGUCGGAGCAGACCUUCUACAGGCUGGUCCAGGCCUUCGCCGUCGUCCUGUUCGAAUGCUACCAGAUGGAUGAUUACGGUCCGGCCAAGAACCUCAUGACCAUGUGCUUCACUUAUUACCACAUGGGGAAGUCACAACUGUCUCCCACGGAGCUCCUGGAACGUCCGUCUGGGGGCAUCGACUCCUACCUGCGCAGUGCCAACACCUGGCUGUCGGGGAAGAGGGACAUGGCGGAGAGGCUGCUGAAGAACACCUCAUCCAAGAGCGACGUCAAGGGCUUCUUCGGGGGCCUAGAGAGCAAGCUGAGGGGGCCGUCCGCCAGCACGAGCGAGGAGGCCAGCAGCCCAGCGGAAGGGAAACCCCAAACGCCCGAGUCACCUGACGAAAAGAAAGGGGAAAAGAUCUAUCUCUAUACACACCUUAAGCAGCAGCCCAUCUGGCACACUCUGAGGUUUUGGAAUGCUGCGUUCUUUGACGCCGUCCACUGCGAAAGGAAAAAGAGGUCUCCCACAACCAGGCGGACGGCCGAGGACGACACAAGCGAGAGGGAGAAGUGGUGUCACAUGACCCAGGAGGAGCGAGACGACAGCUCCAGGUUCAAUGAGAACAUCACCUUCGGACAGCUUGGGACAUUCACCCAUAACAUGCUGGCCUUCGGACUCAGUAAGAAGCUCUGUAAUGAUUUCCUGAAGAAGCAGGCAGUCAUCGGUAACUUAAACGAAGAGCAGUACAAGCUUCUGAGUGACCACAUAGAGCAGAUGGCAACGGAGUGAGCAGCUCGGCUUGGAGUACAGAGAACCAAACCAGUGGAUGAUCCUACAGCUUUGCUUCCAUUAAACCCUGAGAUUUCCCCUGAUGCACCUUCGGCUAACAUCUGGUUCUUCUUUAGUCGAGCCUGCAGGCUUUUCCUUCUCCCCCCGUGUCAGUUGGACCCUGUUCUUCUAACUUUGCCUCACUUAACCCGGCUGAUUCCUCUCUGAUCCAGCUUUGCUUAAACCUUCAGCACUCACUGGUGUUCAUCUCCAGAUAGACCAGCCUAGUAGGUUAUUUCUCCAAAACAUCAUGUAUCUUCCGUCCUAAUGGGCUCCAGUUGUACACUCUCCCUGCAGUGCAUCCCCUGCAUGCCCCCCCCCCCCCCCCCCGGUAGGGUCAUCCAAAGACACUGCAUGCCUCUGUGUACCGUGAUAUACCACUACCAUACCCCAGAAGCAUAUCUACAGCCGUGUUCUGUGACUCUCCCUACGUCCUACACAGUCACACUCCUGCAGAGCAGUAGCAGGUUUGUGGCUGACCAAUGCAAAGUCUAACAUUAGCAGUUAGUCCAGUGUAUCCUGCUGAGAUUGACAAUGAUUGGUUUUCCCCAGGUCAGGUGCUUUUUUGGGAGGCCAAUGAGAGGGUCAGAUAAGCAGAUCCCUCACACUCAAACUGUUUGAGUGUCCUGGGAGAGAAUGCACAGCAUCAGACGGUGAAUGAUUGCAUUUUUUGCUUUGAUUCAGAGCUUUCAGGCACUCUGGAGACAACCGCAUGUGGUUAGAAGUGCCUUUAGCGUACCUGAAGAUAGACGUCUUGAUGGUGUGGCAGGUCCAUCUUUGAUACUGUAAUUAGAGGAGCUAGAUUGUGUGGUGAUUGUAGGCUCCCAGUGAUGCCACUGUACAUGCCCGUCAAUAAUUUACGCAAUAUGGAUGUAUACGAAACGUGCAUCGUUUUCUUCACGAGUUUAAAAAAACUCUAAAGCACUAUGGAUGCUGUCACAUGGUUCCCGGACACUGGGAGAGAGGGAGCACGUGCUGAUGUAGUGUAGGGUGCAAGUGUGUAUCGGCAGCAGAGCGCCGUAGAUGGAGGGAAAAAAAUUAGGAUGUUUCCAGGAGCCCAGGAGUGACAGGGGCCCUAAAAAAUCCGGAACAUAAUUGGAUCAGUCUGGGUUGGGGGCCCAGUGUGAUAGGUUUUCAUUGGGUCCACAAUCUCUAGCAGCACCCCUGAUCUGCAGAGACUUUGUCACUGAUUGGAGGAGCAGUGCUGACACGGGGUAACUUAAAUGUUCUUACCUAUGCAGUCCAGCAGGGGGCAGUCAUUGCACAUUUGUGGCCCAAUUUGCAAAUUGCUCCAUUCAAUAACCAGAAUUUUAACUUGAGACACUGCAUCUCUACAACGUUUGUCAGACAAAUUCUGUAUUUGCCCACAUGUGGGAAUUUAAGGCACUGAGAUGAUUUGUACAUGGAGCUUAGUUUAAGGCUGAAUUAUCAAAUUAUGCAUUUUAGCCUGACGAUUCUCCAUCGCAAUACCUUUGUGACAGAUGCAUUUCGUUUAUGGAUUCAUUGUCAAACUUGUGUAUAUAUAUCUCCUGAUUCCAAACAGCUAAUGUAUUGCAAAAGCCAUUUUUUUGCUGUGAAACUUGUUUCCCAAAUCCUAUUUUGUCAGUGUGACUGUAGGAAGUGUUCGUUGUGAAACAGCAGAUUGCCGGCUACUGCUAACAUGCAGGUCCCAUCAGAAGGACAUACCAGACUGUCACAUCAUCUACGGCAAAAUGACGAUGCAAGAGGGCAACUGUAGGGCCAAAAAGGGACCGUGUGAAAUUUAAAUGCAAAACAAAGGAACCUAAAAAUAUAUAUUUUCUGCCUAAAAUACUGUAUAGCAAAGUGUUGAAUGUAUAUCACAGUUAACAGUAUUUUAACUUGUAGUUAGGUGCAGUGCUUGUGAAUUGUCCGGUUUCCUGAGUGUUCGUUUGUGUCCCAUCGUUGUACGACUCAUCAGUCCUGCCUGCACCCUCACCUUCCCUCCCUCGUACGCCCGGAUGCUGUCUCUCAAUCUGUGGCCUGUGCCCGGGAUUGUGGGAAGGUCGGGUUUUUGAGACGAGGCCACAGCACCAUUGCCACUGUGGCACCGACCGGCCCGUUUGGCUGUAAGGGGAAGAGAAGCUGUGCGUUUCGGGCUUGGCCGCCCUUUUCACUCCGGUGACUGGAGACGCCUUUUAUGUCGUGAAGUAAUGACCUGCAUGGAUGAGUCAAACCAAGUAUUGUCAUUGUGUCAGUGAAGAUGUAAUACAUGUCGUCUUUGGAGUAAGUAAUUCCAACCUUGAAAUUAAAGUAUUUUGUGAAGUAAA